AUGGAAAAGAAGAAAAAGAUAAAAAAAGAUAAGUCAUCAAAGAAAGAUUCAGGAAAAAUUAAUAAAGUUAAUGAAGAAUUAAACAAGGAAUUUAUAAAGACGCCAGAAUCAAAUGCCAGUAGUAGAACUACAUAUUUCCAGAAUAAUGGAGAUAACAGUAUAACUGACAAAACGACAUUAACAGUUAUAGAUUUUGAAGGCGAAAAAAAUGUUACGAAGGAUACAAAAUAUAACUUAAGUAACAAAGUAAUGUGCCACGAUGGUGAACAGGAAGAGUGCGCAGAUUGGAACAUAGAUGAUAGAGAUGCCUUGUUUCCUUCUAGUGUAUAUAAUUUAACAAAUGUAAAAAAUAGUGAAAUAUUUGAGAGGAAUAUGCCAUUUACGAAGGAUGAAAAAUCUUGUGAAAAAAGUACAUCUUCUACAUAUCAACAUGAUAAAGAUUACAGUCUAAAAGAGUUCAAUAAAAGUAAGCAAUUUAUAGAAGAUAUGGAAACAUUUAAAAAGAAGAAGAAGAAAAUGGAUGAAAUUAUUAUGAAUAUAGGAAAUAAAAAUGAAAAACAUUCAAAAGAAGUAGAUACCAACUUAAAUAUUGAAAAAAAACAAGAAAUGAAAUCUCCCCUUAGUAUAGAAGAAAAAGAAACAUUUUCGUAUAUAUUAAAGAAGCAAAAAAAAAUUGAAAAAUACAAUUUAAGUAAUGAAGAAAAAGAUAAGUACAUGAAGAAGUAUAUGCUUAAGCUGGAAGAAAAAUAUAAAAAAAAGAAAGAAGAAGAUUUAAGAAAAGAAAUAGAUGAGAAUAAGGAAGAGAUAAAAAAGUUUCAUGAGAAGGAAAAUAUGUUCCUUAAUUAUUUAAAAAACCCAAGAUUGAAUUUAUCAAGAAAUGAAGAUUUAAAUGAUUAUUUGUCUAUUUCUCCGACAACCAUACAUUUUACAGAUAUAACAAAAGACGAAACACUAACGAAAGAUUUAUUAAUUACCAACAAGAGCAGUACUCUACUGCACAUUAUUAUAAUACCCCCAGCAUCAAAACAUUUUUACAUAAAAGAUAUAAUUAAUGUGUUUAAUAAGAAUGAGGAGAAUUCUAAAAAUAAUUUAAAUAAUCUAAUAGCUCCUGGACAUUCCUUAAAGAUUAAAGUAUGCUUUAAUGUUUUCACCCUCAACCAACAAGAAGAUCAAAUAAAAUUACUAUCGGAAGCAGGAUAUAAAACAGUAGAUAUAAAAGCGUUUCAAUCAAUGCCAAAAAUUAAAUUUGAUAAAGUUUUAAAUUUUGGCCCUACUCGACCCAAUGAGAGGAAAAAAAAAUCACUUUUAAUUAAAAAUGAAGGCAAGGAAGUCAACAUUUUAAUAUUACCUAAGAAGCUAUUUAGAUUUUAUGAAGAAAAGGAAAAAAUAGAGAAAGAAGAAAAUAUUAUAAAUUUGCUGAUAAAGAAAACAGAAGAUUCACAAGAAAUAAAGGAAAUAAAAGAAAAUGAAGACACUUACCAUACAUAUAAUAAUGUAAAAAGCUACUCAUAUAAUUUCCUCUUCAUAUACAAAAAAAUAGUUAACAAUUUUGAGAACUUAUAUUUCGAAAAUGUACUACAAGAUUCUUAUUAUUUUAAAUUGAAAAAUUCAGAAGAACAAAAUGUCUCUUUUGCGUUCAAAAGCAACAAAAUAGGUAUAUAUGAGAAAGACUACAUUAUCGUAACAGACAUCGAAUGCAAUUUCGACGAAUUAGAAGAUAAAGGAAAAUACGAUUUCAUUAACUGUGGAAAACUAAACGUUUUUCAAUUUUGUAUUAAAGCUAUGGUUGAGCCUCUAUUGUUAAAUUUACUACACAUAAAUAAAGAUAUAGCAGAGAACCUUUAUGAGUAUAAAUUAUUAGAAUAUAUAAAGAAUAAAAAAAAGGACAAACUAAGUUAUUUUUUUUAUAGCAAUUCGUUGAAUUCUUUUAAAUAUCCUGAUAUUCAAGUUAACAGUGGAUACAGCUUCGCCGAAAUAGAGAUUAUAAACAAUGGACUAAUUGAGGUAGAAAUAUCCUGUGACAUAUACAUAAAAGAAAAUGAUGUUAAGGAGGGAAAGCAAUUUGUUUUAGAUAAAGAAAAUAAAGGAUCAUACAACUACGAUGAAUUGUUUGAUGUGACUUUUCCAUGUUGUUUAUAUGAUAAUAUGUCCAAAGGAACUUGCGAGGUGAAAGAAUCAAGGAAUGACGAAGGAAAGAACAAGGGAAACAAGGGAAACAAGAAAAAGAUGAAGAAGAAAGGAAAAUAUACAUGUCCAAUAUAUGUAUAUCCUCGAAGUUUUGUAUUAUCCUAUAAAAAGAGAAAAAGAAUAUAUGUUAUUUUUAAGCCACAAGAAAAACAUGAAAAUUAUAAAAAUUAUUAUUUUAUUUUAAUUCUAAAAAAUUUAACCAAGGGAUCAGAUGUAGAUAUAGAAGAUUUGUUAGAAAUACAUAAAAACAGGAAAGAAAUAAAUGGUGGCUUUCCUCUAGUUUGUAUUAAUGAGAAUAAAUUGAUAAAAAAUAAAAAAUGGAACAAAUUAUUUGGAAAUAAUAUUUCUAAUUAUGAAAAUACAUCUUCAUCAUAUAGUGAUGCCUAUUCAAGUUAUUCUGAACUAAGUGAAGAAAGUCUAAAAAAAAAACAAAAAAAAAAAAAAAGUUAUUUUAACAAGAAAAAUAAGAAAAGAAAAUUUAUAAGUCUAUACAUGAAUUUAUACGCUAAUAUAAUUAAACCAAGUAUUUAUUUAAAGAUGAAAAAGUUAUCAGAAUGUUUUUUGUUGAACCCCCUUCAUUUGUAUAAAACUAGUUUUACUAUAAAAAAUCAGAAUAACUUUUAUGUUAAUUACUACUUUGAGAAUUUAAUUAAUUUGAAUGAUUCAUCAAACUGCGAUAAAGACAUUUUACUAUAUCAAAAUGAGACAAAAAAUUUUAAAGAAGAGAAUAAGAAAAGGAUGUUGAAAAAUAUGGAAGAAAAAACUUCUCUUCCUGCAAAUGAAAUAGAUCAGAAUGAUGAAAAUAAUGAUAAUGACAUAACAAGUAAAAAAAAAAAGCUUAACGACCUUUCGAAUGACAUAAAAGAGGAUUGUAUAUGUUAUUAUGAUUAUUUUAGUUUAUUAAAUGAUAUAAAAUUAAUGAAAAAUGAAAGAAAAAGUAAUAACAACAAAGGAAAAGAAAACGUUAACGAAGGUGGACCGAAUAGUAGUACAUAUAACACUGAAGUAGAAAAAAACAAGGUAAAUUAUAAAAAAAGUAUGGUAGCUAUAGGAGUAGACCCAGUAGUAGAUAAGAAGAACUUGAAAUUUGGGAGAAAUAAAGAAGAAAUAAAUGUACCUGUGGAAAAUGAAUGUUAUUAUAAUUUAAACAAAAAACUCAUAAAAUAUUUUUAUGAAAAAGGAAAUAGUGAUAGUGUUAGAGUAUAUGUGAUGGUGAAAAACUCUGUCAAUAAGGAGCUAAAAAAAGGGACAUUGAAAAAUGUGAAAAAUGAAAGAAAUGAAAAAAAUUUAGAAAUUGCAGCAAAUUUGCAAAAUGCACAAAAUGAACGAAGAGAAAAGGACCAAAAUAGGAAUGAAAAGGUUGAUGGAAGACAUAAGGGAAUUCUCAAAAUUGAAAAAGGGGAAUACUGCUUGAAACCACAGGAGAAAAAAAAAAUUACUUUGUAUUUUUUAGUAAACAAAUAUGGCUAUCACGAAAUAAAAAUGAACAUAAUUUUUUAUAUGGGUAAUUAUAAAAUAAAAAAGAAAGUAAAAGGAAGCAUAUUAACUAAAUGCAAAGGGGUGAAUAUUGAUAAAGAAAGUCUUGUCUUCAAAAAUAGUUAUUCGCAUUAUUGUUUUUAUAAUGUAAUAAAGAUAAACAAUUUAGAUAAAGAUUUAAAAUUAAUAAACAUUAGUGAUUUUGGUAAUAACAAAUAUGGUUUUAUAUCUUUAUAUAUUCUUUAUUUGUAUGCCUUUAAGUAUAAGGGGAAAAAACAGAAUAACAUAAUAAAGUGUACAGACCUACUAAAUAACUUCAAAACAAAUUUUUACAACUUUUUGGAAAAUGAAUUAGAUAAGAACCACAUUAAAAAAAAGAAUAAUUUGUAUAAUUGUAUUAUUUGUAAAUGUUUUUUUAAAUACGAUAGUUGCAUUGAUUGUUUUAAAAGUAUGUUUUCGAAUUGCAAUGAUAGGAAACCUCAUUUCUAUUAUUUCAACAAAGAAAAAUAUAUAGUACAAGAUUUGGAAAAAUUUAAUAAUAUAGAACAAGAAUCAUUUAAUGAAGUUCAUUUUAAUAAAUAUUUUAAAAACAUUUAUAAAUAUCACAGAAAUAAAAAUGUGUAUAUACAUAAUAGCGAUAUAGAAUAUAAGACUCAUUUUGUUGUAUACCCUUCGAGCCUACUAUUGCUCCCAUUGAGAGAAACCUUUUUCCUCUUUUUUUUCUUUUUCUCUCAUGUAGGAAGUAUAAGCCUACAUCUUAACGUGAACUGGAAUGCAUUUAAGAAAAAUAUUUUAAUAGAAGGAGAAAGCAAAAACCAGAAUAUAAUAAUAAAGUGUGAAAAGAAAGGUCAUGGUGAAAAGUCUGAUAUGAAAAAAGAGAAGAAGAGAAAGAAAGAAAUUGACGAAAAGGGGGAAGAAUAUUAUAUCGGAAUAUGUAGUGAUGUUUUAUACUUAAAUGUGGAGAAUUUAAAUGAACUUGAAAUUUCUUAUCACUUUUGUGAAGAGGAAAACAAUACAUUUGAGUACAAUUAUCAUAAAAAGAAAUAUGUAUUAAUUAAUAAUUGUGACCCGGAAUUGACAUACUACUACAAAGAUUUUGAUUCCUUUAUGAAAAUUAAUAGUAUAAAAAAUGUUUCAUUAGAGUAUUGUUCAGGAGGUAAAAGAAGAACAUAUGAUAAAAAAUGUUAUCAGACUAAUCAAAAGAGUAAAGCAGAAGUUGUUCAGAAUGAUAGUUAUGUAAACGAAGAAGGUAGUAAAAAAAAUGUAAUUCAUGGAUGCAUUAUCAUGUCUGAUCCUAAUAUAAAUAAAAUAAAGGGAAAAGAAAGUAAAAAACACGAAUUUAGGUUAUUGAUAUUUCAUGACGAUGAUGUUACUAAAAACAAAAAUUUCAUAAAAUUAAAGUUCUCCAUAAAUUUAAAAUAUUUUGAAUAUCGUGAAAUUAUAAAAGUGAAUUCACGCUUUUAUGUACAUACAUUUGACUUUAUUUUAAUAAAUGAAAACAAUUUAUUGUUAUCUUUAUUUAACUAUAUGAAAAAGGCUAUGUGCGACUCGAAAUCUAGGGAAAUGGGAAACACAUGUGCUGAUGAUGAAAAAAACAUAUAUUUAAGAGAAAUAGCGGAAAAAGUGGGAGAAGUAGAAAGUAAAGACAUUUCUGAAUCAUUUGUGAAUGAAAUGAUGGAAGAAUUAAAUUUUAUAAAAGUGGUAGAUGAUAAGAAUAUAUCUAGUAGUAGUAAUAAAACGAUAACAGAAAAUUUUAAAGAAAUAAACAAAUUUUUUAACAUUAAUUUGGAUGAAAAUAUUUUAAAAAAAUUUGGAAGUUUUAUUAACCAAAUGAGGUCAGAAUUCGCUGAAAAUAUGGAAUUCUGUAAAAAAAUAAAAACAAAUAGGGAACGCAACUUAAGUAAUGAAAUUGAAAACUUUGGAGGAGAUACAAAUGACAGAGUAACGGAAUAUAAAAGUUAUGGUUGCGAAGUGACUAUUGAUGAGUCAGCUUUUAUUGUUAAUGACAAUAGUGGUGGUAAUAAUAAUGAGAGUGAUACAGAAAAAUUGAUAAAUCAAAAGAUAUCAAAACUUAUAUGGGUACACACCCUCCUACAGCGCUUAAGCAAUAACAUAGGUUGUGAUUUUAUCGAUUUCGUAAAGAGGAAUAAAUGCGAACUGCACUACAACUAUGAAAAAGGGGACGCUAUAAUCGAAGAAGCAGAAGCAGAAGUGGAAGUGGAAGUGGAAGAAGAAGAAGAAGAAGAAGUGAAAGAUAUAGAUGCAGUUAAAAAUGAAAAGGGAAAAAAAAAAGUAAAGGAAAAGGGGAAGAAAAAGAAAAAAGAAAAAGAGAAGGAAAAGGAAAAGGUAGCGGGAAAAGGUACACACAGUGGUACCAUAAAUUUGUAUAAAAACUACUAUUACGACGUAAAAAACGAAAGUGACAUCAUAUAUAUAAUUAUAAGUAACAAAAAUAAAUAUAAUUUAAACUUGAGUUUGAGUUCUAAUAAUUACAUAAACGAUACUAUAAACGAAAUAUUUCAUUACAGCAUAAACAGUUUAAUUACAAAUAAGGAAUGGAAUGGAAUUUCUGAUUUUAUCAAUGAUUAUAAGUUAAAUAAAAAAGAGUGUAUAAGUUGUAAGAACAUAAACUUGGAGAAAUUAAAUUAUGAGAAUUACAAUAAACUAAAGCACAUAAUUGCUAAAUAUAAAGACAAAAACGAAGACUAUUAUUAUAAUUACUUGAACAAAAUAUUAAAUGAAAAGAAUGAAUAUUGUUUAAACUUAAAAAAUAAUUUCUCCUUAGAUUUUUUCCCCUUUGAUAGUAUUGUAAAUUCUAUGAAAAGUUCAUUUAUAAAACUUUAUAUACACACGGACAACAUUAAUUUAUACACGGAUAAAAUAACAUUGAACUUAAGCAAACGUGAAAGCAUUUGUAAAAUAUCCAUUAUUUCACAGAUAAAAUCAUUACAUUUAUUAAGUCAUCAUAAAAUUACAAAAAGAGGUGAUGCAUGUAUAUUUAUUAACUCUAUUUUCGUAAAUAAGGAAAUUUUAAAAAAAUAUGAGGAAUUAAGCAAACAUGAAAGAAGUGAAGAAGUAGAAAAAAUAUGUAAAUGUUUUUAUGAAAUAUUAAAACCAUUUGAAAUUACAAUAUUUAAUUCGUGCAAUUUGAGGAAAAGCAUUACAUGGAACUUUAAUAAAAUUUCCUACUUUUGCAAUAAAAAGAAUAGAAGCGUAAAACAGGACACAGGAGUUGCGGAAGUUGAAGAAUUUGAAGGAGCUGAAGAAGUUAAUCAGGUUAAACUAGGAAAAGUCGCACGAAAAGAAUACAAGAAAGGAGGGGGAAGCAACAUAAGUCCUAAUGGAAAAUACACAAAUAUAAAUAGUGAUGUAACUAGGGAAAACAUGUCCUGUUCUUCUGAAAGCACGGAUAUUACUGAUGAGAAUUGUGAAAUAAGAAUUGAGAAUUCGAGUAACUAUAUGAAUAAAAAGGAGAAAAAAAAAGUGAAAAUACAUUUGGAAAAUAUAUUACAUAAAGAAGGGAAUCAUUUGUAUAGAGUCAUCUGUAGUUACAAUUAUCUUCAUCAUAUUGACACAAAUAAUGAAAUUAAAAAUAAGUCAUCUUGUAAUAUUUUAAAUGAAGGUUUAAGAGGGCAAUUAUCUCUUCAUUUUUAUUUAUCUAUAAAUAUUGAGAAACCUAGAAUAAUGCUAUUAUGCAACAGUAAAAUUUCUCAUGAUAAAAGAGUAAAAUUUGAUUUCAAUUAUUUCAACAAAAAGGCUUACAAAAGAAUUGACAAAAUGUAUAAAAAUCAGGCUAUUAAUGACAUAUUAUAUGAAGAUGUUAACAAAAUAAAUGCAUAUUUUGAUCAAACAUUUUUGAAAAACAAAAAAUUGAGUUUAUAUUUUAUAAAUCAACAAGAUAUACAUCUUUAUACGUACAUAUACAUGAAAAAAUUUUUUGAGAUAAAAAAUAUUUAUAUAGAUUUUGAAGAAUUUGAUCAUUCAAAUACUAGAAUAAAUUCAGCAAGUGAUUGCACUUUAUCAUUAUUAUUAUAUAUAUUUUUUUUCCAGUAUCACAUAAAAAGUAAAAGCCGAGUGUGCAUAAACUUAGAAAUAAAUGAAUUGAAGUUUAAAAAUGAGAUAAAAAAUAACACUAAUCAUAAUAUGUCCUUGACAAAUAAAUUAGAUAAGAAAUACAUAUACGAGGAUUUUUUAACAUUUCAGUAUUUAACAAGUAAAAAUCAGCAAAUGUUUUGUAUUGAGUGUCAUUACAAUGUAUCCUUUUUAAUUAUGAAGGAGAAUAUGCACAUAUUUCAAGAAUUUAAUUACUUAAAUAGAAAAAACCAAAAAAUGGAACACUGUAAAGAGCUAAAUGAGAUUGAGAAUAAUAUUUGCGAUAAAAUAAAAAGGGGAAGAAUGAUAUAUAAUGAAAUUGAAAUGAGAAACAAUGUAUACUUUGUUUAUUUUAGAUUUCAUGAAUUAAAAAUGUAUAAAUUUUGUCUGUUUUUAUUUAACACGACAAAAAUUCCUGCCAUCUGGGCUGUAAAAGAGGAGGAUUCUUCGAGUGAUAGUUCUUGCGUACUCAAAAAAGAAGAUGACAACAUAUUUCGUUUCAGCAAAACGAAAGAUAUUUUAUUUGGAAAAACAUAUGACGUCGAUAAUACUAGCUCUGGAAAAGACGAAGAAAGAAAAAAUCCCUUCCUAUUUCCUGAUUAUAUAAUAGUAACGUUUACGCCAAUAAAUAAAGGCGAUGUAACUAAAAAAUACAGCAUUCACGUUGCAGAUAGUGAAAAGAUAGAUUUUUAUUUAAAAGGAGUUUAUAUAAAAAAAAAUGAUGAACAAAUUGAAAAUUGUUAA